CUUCUAAAAAAUACAUCUGUUUUGCAGCUCAUUAAACAAUCGAAGAUGAUAGAUGUUUCAUCUAGAAAGUUAGUAACAAAGAAGAAGAUUAUUUCUACCAAAGCAGUGAGCAGGAAAGCUGCCAGUGGUUGUCCGUCAAACCUGACCUGUGACUGUUACGCAACGGACAGAGUUUGCAGUGUUUGCCUUUCAAGAUGUCAACAAGUUGCUCCCAGAGCAGGAACACCUGGAUUCAGAGCACCAGAAGUACUGACAAAGUGCCCCACUCAGACAACAGCAAUUGACAUGUGGUCUGCAGGAAUUGUAUUCCUUUCUCUGCUCAGUGGACGGUAUCCAUUUUACAAAGCAAGCGAUGAUUUAACUGCUUUGGCACAAAUCAUGACAGUUCGUGGAUCUCGAGAAACCAUUCAGGCUGCUAAAACUUUUGGUAAAUCAGUUCUGUGUACCCAAGUUGUCCCCGCACAAAACUUACGAACCCUCUGUGAGAAGCUGAGAGGAACAAAUAGCAGCUGUAACAGAUCCCAAGGUGACGUACCCAGCAAAUCUGGAGACAACACAGCUUUGCCAGUUGAAGUAGACAAACAGUGUGCUCCUGAGACAAUCAGAGAAGAAAUUCAGCACUUAAAGAGCUGUCAGGAAGAUGAUGGUGCUUCAGAAAUUAAGGUGACAGACAUGAAAGGAUGGGAUCAGGUUCCUGAUGAAGCAUACGACCUACUUGAUAAGCUACUAGACUUAAACCCUGCAACAAGAAUAACUGCAAAAGAUGCUUUGCUGCAUCCCUUUUUUAAAGACAUGAGACUAUGAGAACAUGCUCUGUUCACGCUUUUAUAUGUUUUAUGUGAAAAUGAGAUACUGAAGGAGUUUUAAUCCGUUGCCGUUACACUCAUUGAAGUACCAUUACACUGUGCACAGCACUACUGAAAUUGUCUCACAAUUGGACUGCAGAUGUAAAUAUUACAUAAAUGUUACUAAUAUGGUCAAAUCCUGAGACGCUUUUGAGGUGUUGUUACUGUGCAUACCUGUUCUCUAAGAAAAUUAACUUUGAUUUAAAACUAAAGAGUUUCUCACAGUAAGAUUAAUUCUCAAGACAUCGAAAUUUGCAUUGAAGUAUGACUGAAAUGAAAAAGUGCUUGAGGGAUUUUUUUUCCAUUAUUGCAUACCCCUGCUUUGUUCCCAAUUAGUACCUGGGAGACUAAAGUGCACUAAUUUUGUUGAGAUGGUUUUCAGAGAACAGUUUUACUUUGGGAGUGUUGCUGGAACAGGGGCUAUAUAGAGAGGUUUUAUCAUCAAAACAAAAGCAUCAUUGUUUUAAAAGUACUUCUUUUCCCUGUCUGUUCCUUUCUACCGAGGCAAUAAUGAUAAAUGCAGUUACUCAUUUUGCAUAGCCUGUAUUUCUUCUAUGCCAUUGGUAGCUGUCAAUACACAACAACUGUUGCCUUCAGAAUGUCCUGUGUGACAUGUAUGUUUGAUUUCUGUUAUGAAAACUGAUUUUCACAGAACAUCUUUUAAAUAAAGGAUUUGUUUUUAUAA